AUGACAGAUGGAAUAAAUAAUACAAAUGAAAUUACAGAAAAUGUUUGGGAAAAUUUCCACAACUGGCUGCAUUGUAUAUGUAUUGUUACAUUUGAUCUAGAGUUAGGACAAGCCUUGGAGACUGUGUACCCAAAAAACAUUAAACUAACAAAACAGGAAAUAUCAAACAUAUGCUACCUGGCAUUCCCCGACUCAAAUUCAGGAUGCAUGGGAGAUACAAAUUUCAUAAUAAGGCUACAAAGUAGUACUGGUAAAAAGAACUUAAGACCUGAACACAUCACAUACAACUUGCAAUGUUCCACAUCACUGCAAAUAGAUGGAUCUCAUUACUGGGGGUUUGUGUAUUUUAGGCAAGUUAAGGACAUCACAUUACCCCGUGGGUAUUUCCAAAAGAGUGUUGUCAUACUUUCCCUUCUUCCAUUUAACAAUUUGUACAGUAAGAUAUCUAGUUUCAUUGCCCCUGAGUAUUUUCAUACUGGUGAGGUGAGCUUAGAGGCAGCCUGCUCCAAUAUAAAUCAGUGGCCCUCGCCAGUGCCAGGGGUAACUCUAAAUUUACCAUUAUUAGGUUCACAUUUUAAAUCACUCAUACCACUACAAGGGAGCUAUUCGAGUGAUAAUACUUAUGUAGAUAAUGUAAAUUUGUUUGAGAUUUUGCAACCUGUAUUAUCACACAUACAUCUACUAUGGGAACUGGUUAUAACAUCAGAACCCAUUGUUAUAAUGGCUUCAUCUCCCACACAUUGUUCCUCAAUGGUGUUAGCUUUAACUAGAAUUAUAAACCCUCUACAAUAUUGCGGAGACUACAGGCCGUAUUUUACCAUUCACGAUAGUGAAUUUAAGCAAUUCACCAGUAAAAUGCAGGGCCCUCCACCCGUGAUCUUGGGAGUGACAAAUCCGUUUUUCGCGAAAACAUUACAUCACUGGCCCCACACGAUACGCUUAGCAGAAGACGCCCUAUCCCCGCAAAACAAAUACAAAUUAAAAAAAACCGCUCCUACAAAACUAAUCGAUAACACACCUGGCGUUUACACCGCCUACAAAUCAUUUUUGCAAAAAGACAAAACUAUCAUAAAAAAGAUAAUGAACGGCGUGGGGUCCAAGAGGCCCAACGAGGUGCAGUCCGCUCUCCUGCGGCGCCACCUAUUGGAGCUCACCCAAACUUUCAUGAUUCCUCUCGAGAGAUACAUAGCCAGCCUGAUGCCUUUGCAAAAAAGCAUAUCGCCGUUCAAGGCCGCCCCAAUACCGCUCCCCUUUAAUCCCGAUGACUUUUUCGCCACGCUGGAGCAAGCAGGCCCCCAAUUGACUACGCCCAUCAAAGGGGACUGGGUAGGGCUGUACAGGAAAUUUUUCCGGACGCCCAACUUCAAGGCCUGGUUUCAUGCUAGGUACACGGAACUCAUGUCCAAGCUACAGGCGCUGCAUUUGGAAUCAUUGUCAAAAGCUGAUCUCAAAAAGUGGGUUCAAGGCAAGCCAGAGGUCGAGGUGGUUGACAUGGUAAUAAAAAUAAAGAACAAAAUUAACAAGUGCAAAGAGAAUGACAUUCCAGUCAGUGAAUUAGUUAAGGACGAGUUAACUCAGAGAUUAAAUGAUAUUUUGAAUCAACUUCCAGAUGAUCUGAAAAAUAUAUUGCAAGUUUCCUGA